UUCUCAGAGAGGAAGUAUGUGGCCUGCUUGGCAAAUGCUGCUCUACAUGACAGUGUGAACUUCACAACACGCUCAUUCGACCGGCUGCUCCUCGACUUGAUCAGCUAAACCUUGCUGGCAGCAAGAAAGCAGUAUUAUGACUACAGCUUUUUUAAGAAAUACUGCAAUCGGGAAUAUCAUGCUUAUCAUUUAAAGUGUCUCCUUUGAUUUAGCUCUGAAGAGCUUUAACAGAAUUCGAGAGCGCAAUGGGAAAUAGUGUGAAAACACCAACAGCCUCUGAAGAAACAAAUGUACUGAGCCAAACGGGUCAGGAGAGUGAUUUCCUUGCUGUCCUCUAUGACUAUCCUUCAGCAGACAUAAGCCAACCUAUAUUUCAUGUAGGAGAAAAACUACGUGUGUUAUCAGAUGAAGGAGGCUGGUGGAGAGUCCAUUCCCUUACAACAGGUCGAGAAAACUAUAUUCCAGGAAAAUACGUAGCAAAGGUUUACCACGGCUGGUUAUUUGAAGGGCUGGGAAGAGAAAAAGCAGAAGAACUUCUACAGCUACCCAACACCAAGGUCGGCUCCUUCAUGAUCAGAGAGAGUGAAACCAGGAAAGGCUUAUAUUCCUUGUCGGUGCGGCACAGGCAAGUGAAACAUUACAGGAUUUUCCGCCUUCCAAAUAACUGGUAUUACAUCUCUCCACGGCAAACUUUUCAGUGCCUUGAAGACCUUGUGAAUCACUACUCAGAAGUUGCGGAUGGUCUCUGCUGUGUCCUUACAACACCUUGUCUUACCCAAUGCACUAAUAACAACAGCGUAGUGAAUCAAGUUCCUCCUGUGGUGAUGCGGAAUAAAACUUUCAACUGGAGAAACAUUCACAGGCUGGAGAUGACUGAAGAUACUGAAAGCACCCUGGCAGCAAUAGAUGAUUCUUGUCUCAGCUAUGGCCUGAGGGAAAGUAUUGCUUCCUACCUCUCCUUAACAGGGGGUGACAACGCAUCUUUUGCAAGUGCCAGAAAGAAGAAAGCCCAAUCUCUUAUAUACACAGGGAGCAAACGUAAGAGUACCCUUCACUUGCCCCCUACAUACUAUGAAGACUAAAUGUAACACAAUAAGGGGAAAAAAAAUACAACUGAGUGGUUAGAAGAGAAACUCAGCACAUCCUGUGGUCCUGCAGUCCUUCAACAGCCGAGACACAAGCACACCAGUGGAUGAUCAAAUGCUGGCAAUGCUUCUGCAUUUCCUCUUCUGAGUGUUAACUAGAGACUUUCUUAAGAGUGGUAUCUCAGCCACAGCAUAUGCUGGGGAUGUCCCCCGUGCACCUGAAAUUAGAAUCUGCUCACGAGCGCAAUAGGCUCCAAGCUAAGAGCCAAGUGAGGCAGAUGACUUCAUCAAGGGUGAUGCCAACCAUGGUACAAAAGUGAUUGCAUAGGGAAGGACUAACUACAGCUCAAGAACAU